CCUUAAAUAGGUCAAAGGGGGAGGGGGGAGUGUCUCGUGUCGGCGGCGCGCACCUCGGCGAUCUCUUCCGUUCCACCUUAAGCGCACGAUGCGAUCCAACGCACGCGUACAGGAGAAGCCGGAGCGCUAAUGUUUCCGCUCCUCUCCGACACGCACGCACGCGCAUUUCCACGCGCAUACACGCUCUCUGUCUCUCGGUGCGCGCGUGCUCUUUUUUUUCCUCCCCUCGCAGGAUUAAAUAACCGGGUAGGAAUAUUUUCGGCGAAAUAAAAUAAACUUUUCCGUGUGGAUCAUGUCGGAGCCGCGGUACCGCGAGUGGAUCCUGGACACUAUUGACUCGCUGCGGUCGAGGAAAGCGAGACCGGACCUGGAGCGAAUCUGCCGGAUGGUCCGCAGGAGACACGGCUCUGAGCCGGACCGGACAUGCUUGGAGCUGGAGAGACUGAUCCGGGAGCACGCCGUGCUCAAAGUCAACUACAAGGGCUCGGUGUCCUACCGCAACGCGGCCAAAGUGCACCGAGGCAGGCGGAGGAGCAGCGAGCAGGCGGCCGCUAAGAAGUCAUUCUCCAGUUCUACUUCAUCUUCGUCAUCAUCAUCAUCAUCAUCGUGCUCCUCGGGUAAAGAGCGAGCUUCACCAGCGGAGCUGCAGUACAGCGACAGCGCGCAGGGUCCCGCUGACCACGACCCGAUGGAGGACAUGGAAGAUGAGUUCUCCACUACGGCCUGCAUGGACAGCAGCAUGGACGAGGAGGACGCCAGUCUGGACGCUCCCUGCAUGCAGAUACAGAGCUCCGCUGACUCCGGCAUCAGCAUGAGUCCUGUGGUCACAGACGCUGAGGCCGAGAUGACCAGUUCCUCGCUCACGCCCUCAAAGAGCCCCUCGUCCUGCCAGAGCACCCCGGAGAAGGACCGCGACGCCGCUCGAGUUUCCCCCGAAAUCACCCCGAGCACGGCUCAGCAUGACACGGGCUCCCCAGAGCUGGAAGCAGUGCUGCAGCCGGCAGCCAUCUGUCCCUCGGCCCAGCGGAGUGCACUGAUGAGGGAGGAGGAGGAGGAGCCGAGAGCUGGAGAGAACGCUCUCACUCCUGACCAGCUGCUGUCUGAGCACACGGCCUCACCGCGCCCAGACGAGGCGGUGGGAUCGGACCACCUGCUGGAGGGCAAGAAGUGCACUAACGUAGAAGACGUAAUCAUUCACUCACAAGGAACCGAAACGGCCAACAACGGAGGGAUGAAGAAACAAGGGUUGUUUAAAGAAGAGGACAUGGCACAGGACCUCUUACUGUGGAGUGUGGCGGAUGUGGCGAGCUACUUCACAUCUGCAGGGUUUCCUGAGCAGGCUGUGGCUUUCAGAACGCAGGAAAUCGACGGAAAGUCCCUGCUCCUGAUGCAGCGCAGCGACGUGUUGACAGGCCUGUCGAUCCGACUCGGCCCCGCCCUCAAGAUAUAUGAGCAUCAUGUCAAGGCGCUGCAGAAGAGCCACUUUCAGGAGCACAGCAGCGUUUUCUCUUAACCUCGCGCCACUUUAAAGACUCACACAUGGAGAUCCGAGCGAGGGCCUGGACACGAGAGAAAGGACUCGACAUGCUGGGCGUCGCCCCGCCCCUGACCGCGCCCACCCCGUUCGCUCGCUCCAGAUUUCUCUUCUUCACUUCCUCAUAUUUCAGUUCACAUGAUUAAAGAACACCUCCAAAAAUCACGUCUCACCCUGACGCCCAUUCCCGAGUGGUCAUCGAGGGAGACAUCUCAUCAUUCACCAGUGUUGUGUUGUUUUUUUUUCUUCUUUGAUUUACACUAUGAUCUCGGUAAUAUAUUUUUGUUCGCGAUAUUAUAUUGACUUCCUCCUUCGUUUUAAUAUGUAAAGCAGCCAGAUAUAGAAAUGAUAAUGCGGAUAUGUACAUUUAGCAAAUAAAUUUCCGAUUUCGCAAA